AUGAUUGGCUCGAUAUUGAGGCCGUGGGGCAUCAUGUCCAUCUCGACAUUCUACCUCUUCGCCACCGUCGCCAAGCUCGCUUUCUCUGGUGAUUUACGCACCUUGUUCUCUUGGGAGGCCUUUCAUGAUGCAUGGUUUGGCAACUUUUGGGUGUACAUGGGUCCCAAGUCCAAGGCCGGGGCUGAGGGUUGGGUCGUCCCUUUGCUCGAGGGCCGUGUCAAGGAUGGCAAGAUUCACGAGAAUGCUCAAGGUCCACCGAUUGAUGGUGUCAUCUUGGAGAUUGGAGCUGGCAGUGGAAUGUGGACGCAGGUUCUGGCUGAUGUCAUUAAGAAGACCAAGCCAACUUCCGAGAAGCCCUCGAGCAAGAUCUAUGGCGUCGAGCCGAACCCCAUCUCUGCUGCGGCUCUGAAGCGACGGGUCGAUGAGACAGGACUCGUCGGUACAUACGAAGUCCUACCUUUUGGCAUCCAAGACUUGAAAGAUGAGACUUCCAUCGGCCCAGGAAGUGUCGACUGCAUCAUCACGGUUCAAUGUCUCUGCAGCAUCCCGGAGCCAGAGAAGAACAUCCGCCUUCUGUACGACUACCUCAAGCCAGGUGGCCGGUGGUAUGUCUACGAACAUGUCAAGUCAGAACAAGGCACCGUAAUUCCAUUGAUUCAGAGGCUCACCAACAUCCCUUGGGAGUACCUCGUCGGGUCCUGCAAGCUGUGUCGGCCAACUCUCAGGUCAAUCCUCAAAGUUGGUGAUUGGGAUAGAUUCAAUGUGGCUCCUCUCUCGGGUGAGAGUUGGCUCGAAGUGAUUCCUCACAUUGCUGGGACCUUGACUAAGGCGUCGUAG